GAAAGUUAUAGAUAUAAUAGCUGCGAAGUUUUUUUCUUUAUCUUUACAUUAAGGAAACUCAAUGUUCUAUAGUCCAUCAACAGGUGUUAUGGUUAAUCCACAUACUGGACUACUACCAUCUACAUUAGAUCCUAAUCAAAUGAGAAAUCAAGAUUCUCAAACUAUUAGUUAUGAUUUACUCAAUUCAUCAUCGAAUUUAUUAUCUCUGUUAACUCAUUCAUUACAACCUAUUCAAUCAACUGCAUUUGUAACUUCUAAUCCUCGUAUCCCAAUCAUUACGAAUACAACUGAUAAUAAUAACGAUAAGAAUAAUCAUUUAAAUAUGUAUAAUAAUACUAACAGUAACUGCAGCAGUAUUAAUAAUAGUUGUAAUCAAUCAACAGCACAAAAUAAAGAACAACAGGUAGCAGAAUUUAUUAAUACUAAUCGUGCCAAUAAAUUACAGUUUUUAUUGAAUUCUAUGACCAUCAAUUCAAUGAUACAAAACGGAGAAACUGCUAAUCAUAGUCCUUUGAUUAAUUCUACAACUCAUUCCUUACAAACAGAUAUUAUAAGAGCAGAAAAUGAUCAAGUUGAAAUUAAUCAACAUUCUCAUUCUCAACUUCCUCAUUCUUACUCAACUUAUAGUCAACACAAUCAACCACAAUUACAAAUAUUCGGUCCAUCAACAGUCCCAUCGGUUCAACAAUCAUCAAUUACCGGAAUAAAUUAUCAUCCACCAACCGUAUCUGAGAAUCUUGUUACAAAUGGUCAAGCACAUUAUCUUAUUACAGGUGCACCCAAUGGAACAAAUCCUAGUCAUACAACAGUAUUUGCUAAUCAUAUACAAACCUCACCAGUUACAUUGAUUCCAGAAAUUGAUUAUAAUGCUUGUUCAAUUAUACAUACAUAUAGAAAUGGAUAAUAUAAUUUUUGAUUAAUUCUUCAUUUAACUUUAAAUUUACCUCUAAAAUUGAAUCGUUUUACAGGCACAAUAAUUAAAUGAUUGGGUGAAAACAUUCCUACUAAUUUCAUCUAAUCAAUAAAAAUAUAUUAUAUUUUUAUUAAAUUGUUCUCAACUCAACCAAAAUGCUCAAACUCUUCAGUGUGACUAAAAAAAACAUACCAUUUUCUAACAAUCAAUUUAAUAUUCAUUUAUUCUUCAUCGUUUGCAUCAACAAAAUCAGUACGAUCUUAUAUUACAGAUUAUGUUGCCAUAGAGAUUGUUAUUAUUACUAUUAUCAUCAAUUCUUUGAAUGUAAACGCAUGAAUCGAGUUUUUUCUG